GAUCUGGCAGCCAGCUCGGCGGAACUUCAGUAGUAACUUGGUGUAGCUCACAAACAGUUCGCAUCCAAAACUCUCAGUAAAAUUUGUAGUGGUAUUUUCAGUUUACUCUUCAAAAUUUUCAGUGAAAAAGAGUUUUCUUUUUAAUAAAAUAACGACGAGAAAAGGUUUCGUGAAAAUUUCUAUAAUUUUCUAAGACUUAUACGAACCUAUUUUGAUACGCUGAUCGAGUUUGAACCUCAAGAUGGCAGACGAAGCCAGGGAAAGCGAGAGCAUGAGUGUGGGGUCGUGGGCGACCAAUGGUUUUCUGAACUACAUGCGUCAACUGCGCCAGCAGACCAACCCCAUGAGCUGGAUGCAGUUCGCCGAGGAGUGUGCCCGAACCUGGAAGAAGAUGAGCCAGAAGGAGAAGAAUAGCUAUCGCGAUAUGGCUGAUGGCGCCUUGCAGGACCACGCCAUGUGUGUUGAUGAAGAAGACCCCCAGAGGUCCAGUGACAUGUGCAACCAUCCCAUGGGCAGGAAGCCCAGGUCCGAGAAGUCCUGUGCCAAGCCGAUGAAGUCCUGUGCGAGGCCCAGGAAGUCCUGUGCCACGCCGCGCAAGAGGGCGGCUUGCGCCAAGCCCAGGAAACCGGCUUGUGCGAGGCCCAGGAAGUCGGCUUGCGCCAAGCGGGAGAACAAGUGUGGCUCCAGGCCCAAGUGCAGCAAGCCCGGCCCGGUGACCAAUAAUGGUUACCUGAACUUCGUGCGCUCCUUCCGCAAGAAGCACUGCGGCCUGAAGCCCCAGGAGCUGAUCAUGGAGGCCGCCAAGGCCUGGUCCAGGCUGCCGGAGGAGAAGAAGGAUCGCUACCGCCGCAUGGCCUGCAAGGUUACCCAUAACGAACGCCACAAGCGCCGUCGCGUCUGCAAACGCUGUUGAAGCAAUAUCCAGUAUCCAGUGUCAUGCCCCUUUUCGGUCUGUAAAUUGUGGUUCUUACUUUCAAAAGAGCGUCGUCGUUUUCGAAAUAAAAAUAUUAUUUUGGCAACUGUAA